AUGCCUUCAGGGACGACGCACCGCAGAGGCCAUCCCCUCCUCCAGCCCUUCACGGCGCCGUCGUCUUCUUUCUACUCUUCUUCGGGCGACUCCGACGGGCAGUGCGCGCCUGCGGGCGAGCGGGGCGUGGCGACGGGCGCACCCUACCUGAGCAGUCGCUCCGCGACCAAGCUUUCUGCCUCCUACCAGCCGUCCUCCGCCGGCUACGCGGCGGCGUUCGAGGCCGCCUUCCCCGCCUCCGCCGAGUCGCGGCUCUACUCGCUGCACGCCGCCGCCGCACACCGUGCGGGGGGGGGAGGGGGGGGGGCGGCGUCGUCGCCGCGGGAGCGCGCCGACGAUGGCGCGUUUGCCUCGUCCUCCGCGGCGGCCUUCACCCCGUUCCUGCCGCGGCGGGCAGCCUCGCCGCCGGAGACUUGCUCCUCCGCGGAGAGUGUCUUCCUGCUGCAUGCCACGCACAACUCGCUGAACGCGGGCGCGUCGCCCGCGCGGCGCGGCGAGGCGGAGGAAGAAGAGGAGGACGAGGAGGCGGCGUCGCUGCAUCCGCACUCUCUCGACGUGGCGCAUCUGAAGCGGGUCGUGAGCCGCAUCGAGCGAGAUGACACAGUCAAGCGCCAGCAGAUUCGUGAGCAGCAGACACUGCUGCAGAAGCAAGAAAACCUCUUGCUGCAGCAGGAGCGACAACUUGUCGAGCGCGAGGAGGAGAUUCAGCGGCUGUCUCGCGAGCUCGCGCAGCUUAAAGUCGAGGCAAGCGAACGCAAGACGCUGGCUGAGGAGGCGCGCGCCGCCUGGGUCGCCGCGACCCGCUCGCUCCAGGCCUUCAAAGCCAAAGUCCGCAACGGCGAAGAGACGCACCGCAUCGUCCAGGAUGUCCUCUCCGACGCGGAGAAGAAAGAGACGCUCCUGCUCGAGAAAAUCGCCCAACUCGAGAAGCAGUGCGCCAGUACGCGCGACCGCGCGCAGGGGACAUAUGGAGACGGGCGGCCGCUGGACGCGCGAGCCGAGGAGAGGCACCUCGCGAGCGCCGAAGCGAGGGAGGAAGCUUCCUUACCCGCCGCGGACGCGCAGCCUGCUCCGAGGAGAGAAACAGAGCGCGCACAAGUGGGCCGCCGUCAAGAAUCGGCGAAACGCCUCCUGGCGCUUCUUAAAGAGGCGACGCAAAGGAGGGAUGCCAGACAGGGCGACGAGACGCAGAGAGCUGCUUCGCCGUCAGGUGCUCACCAGCAGGAAGCCGUGAGAGACUUGCUCGCCUCAGAUCCCGCACUCGCAGACGAAGAAGAAGUCCUCGACUUUCUGUUUCAGAGUCUGCGCCGCGAGACCCUGCAGGUUCGGCUGUACGUACAGCAGCGCCACGCGCUGCGGGCGGCGGAGAAGGGCGAGGGAGCAGAGGACGCGUUUUCAGAUUCGUUUUUCGAGGCCGAUCCGGAGUCGCAGGUCCUCUGGACGGAGGAGGCCUACGAGAAGCUCCGAUCGCACCACGUCCCGAAGGACGUCCUCUUUCUUCUUCUCUCGGCUGCGCGCGCACCGACGCUGCACCGGGUUCUCCAUGCGGCUCUCGAGGAAGGCAACACGCGAUGGCUGGCGCUGCUCAAGGAGGCAGUCGUCGCGCAGUUCCUUCACCGGCGUCUGCUGUCGCCUCAGGAGCUUUCGCGCGGUCCCGCGGGGUCUCUUUCUCUGUCUCCUCUCGCCGCUGUCUCCGCGCCGGCGUCGUCUCCCGGCGUCUCCGCCGGCGACGGCCUGCGAGCGGAGCCCGACGCCGCGGAGCGCCGCGGAGACACAUCGCCAGGGGAGGCCGAAGCGGCGUACAGGCGAGAGGGUGAGCGCGGCCGCGACCGCAGAGGGACUGCGGCGAGCGACCCCCCGCAGCAGGCAUUCCCCUCGCCUGUGUCAGGUCCCUCCGUCGCUGCCGCUUACCCCAAGCACCACCCCCUCCUCUCGCUCCUACGCAGCUCGCGCGGCAGCCAGGCGUCGCUAUCGUGGCUGUCGCAGUCGCUGCUCGCGGGCGGCUCUCUCUUGCUGGCGGACGCGCCUGCGGCUUCCGCGGAUCGUCGCGGCGGAGACUUGCGCGCGGCGCUCGCGACCGGCGCAGGCAGCCUCGUGGACGAGGAGGGAAACAGCGCGCUGCACUGGGCCUGCAAGCGGAAUGCGCCGGAGGUCAUCGCGCGCUUCAACUUGCUCGCGCUGCCGACCCUGUCGAUCUUCGCGAAAAACGCAAACGGCGAGACUCCCGCGGACCUCGUGCCCCCGCUCCUGCCCGCCGCCGAGGAGAAGGAAAAAGUACCCGGCGCCGCCAUCGCCGCCGCACAGAAACUCAUCAAACUCUGGAGACCUGUCGUCUUUGAAAUCGCAAACAAGGCGAGCGCGAGCUACCGCAACCACGAGAACGAGGCCGCGUACUGUACGUACAGCGAAGCGUUCAAGCUGCAGAAUCUCCUCCUGCAGACGCACCGGCACCUGGAGCGCCUCGGGCGCCCCACUCUCGCCUCGACAGUUUCACUAGCGAGAAGCGCUUUGCGACUCGGCAUGUGGCAGGAGGCGGUUCAGUGCGCAUGCGAUUGCUCGGCUUUGAUGCCGUCGUAUCGCGGCGCCUACGACACUGCGGCGGAGGCCUCGGAGCUCCUGCUCGACUGGGAGAGCGCCGUCGCGGCGAUGACGCAGAUGAAGCAGCGCUGCAGCGCCUCCUUCACCCUCGUGGAUCGCCUCAGGAAGGAGCGACUCGAGGCGCAGCUGAAGGCCUCGGCCUUCCAGGUGCUGGGCGUCGAGAAGGGCGCCUCUGCCGCGGAAAUCAACCGAGCGUUUCGCAAAUGGAGUAUCCGCUUUCACCCCGAUAAGUCCUCCGGCCUGCGUCCGGAUCUGCGGGUGCGAAACGAGAAUUUUUUCAAAAGGCUGAACGAAGCGCGUCUCGCACUGCUGGAUCGUGAGCGCUGCGCAGUCCACAUGCGCCUGCCGCACCAGCCGCUCUACGAGCAUCCAGGGGAGAUCCCCGAUGUGGCUUCUUCAAAAGGGAAGACUUCUGAGGCGCCCCGGCGCGAGGCCUGCGACGCAUCGCCCUCGAAGCGAGAAGCCGCGUCGCCCUCGGCAUUCUCGCGAUCCGCGACCUUCCCUGCGGCCUCCAAGAAACCGGCACCUGCCUCGUCCUCUUCCUCGCCUUCUUCGUCUUCCUCGUCUUCCUCUUCUUCUUCUCCGUCUUCGUGUGUGUCUUCUGGAUUCCAGUCGCUGUCUCUGCUGGAGCUGGAGCGGCAGCGGUCGACGCUGGUGCGUUCGCUGUCGAGUUUGGCGAGUCAGCGCAGCGCCGUCGAGGCGGAGCUGGUGGAGGAGGAGAAGCGCCGCACGGGGGACGAGGCCCCCCAGACGUGGCUCGCGAGCAGGUACCACCGCGAAGAGGAGAUUCGCAAGCUAAAGAACCAAGAAAGCGUCAAGCGCGAGCGCCUUGCCGCUGUCCUUCGCGAAAUCCAAAACAAAAACGGCACACCCCCAGGCGAGGAGACCGAGCCCGCCGCGAGGAAGCACGACUCACCAGAUGCGGGCGACGCGAACGCAGGACGCGCGCAUCCGCCCUCGCAGCGAGAGAGUGAAAAACGGCUGUUUGGCGACGAAGAGACGACCCCGCUGGGAGCGGAGGGAGAGGGAGAGACACCGCCCCCGUCCUCCGCGCGCAACGCAGCGGAUGAACUCGAAAACGAAGCCGCAGGCCGCAGGGCGACUCACGCUGCGGCUGCGCCGCGAUCGCCGUCGCCCGUUUCCUCCUCCUUCUCCUCUGCGGAGACCUCGUUUUCGAGCUUCGCGUCCUUCUCAAAAAGCGCCGGCUUCCGCCGCAGCGCGUUCCGCGUCGAGGAAGACCUCGAGGAAGGCGACAGCGCGCACAAAGAGCGCGAGAGUGAAGACGAGGAAGAAGAAAGCGAAGAAGAAGAAGAGGGAGAGGGAGAGGGAGAGGGAGAAGAAGAGGAGGUGGACUUUUCUUCAGAGUCAGGAGAAAACGACUGGAAGGCUCUGGCAGGCGAGGCGACAGGAGGAGGCCUCGACGCGGGCGGCGUUGCCUCCGAGCGCCCGGGCUCGGCGAACCGGCCGCGCGAAGUCCCCCCAGAGGAGAAGGGCGCCGAGAAGGAACGAAGGAAGCGCGAGCGCGAAGACGACGCACUCUUUGGUUUCUCGCCGUCGCGCGGCUCCGCAGACAGGGCGUGUGUGAGGUUGCCGCUUUUCGGAGAUCCGAUGCCGAGGAGUUCCGCGACGCGCGACGCGCCGGAGGACGCCUCCACCUCGUUCGUCGCGGCGUCCUCGCAGCCGUCGCCGGCGCGCGCAGCGUUUGCGCGGUCUUCUUCGCCUCCAGCUUCGCUCGCUGCGCAGGAGAAGAGGCAGCCUGUCGCGUCUCCCUCUUCCUCGUCGUUCUCAUCGCCUGGCGCCUCCGCGCCGCAGACGCCUUCCACGUCACAAGUCGAUGCGAAAGGCGGCGGCCCGCGCAGUCCCCAAACCGCGCGCGGCUCCGAGCAGACGCUGACGCGCGAAAGCAACGGCGGGACGAUGAGCAGCGCGACAGAGGAGACUGAGACCAGAAAGAGGGAGAAGGAGGAAUCGGCCGCGAAGAAGGACAGCAAAGAGAAGGAGCGCGCGCGACCCGACACGGCUCGGCGCUUCUUCGCCGCGCCGGAGGAUCUUCUGCGCGAGCGACGUGGCGACGGCGAGAGGAGAAAACUCGCGCCUCCUCCGCCGCUGUCACAGACCUUCAUUCCCGUGUUGAACAAAUCCGAGGCGCGCGACAAGAAGUCAAAAAGCACCUUCUCAGCGCUCUCCUCUGCGUCUUUCCAGACACGCAGCGCCUCCUCCGCCGCGUCGGUGUCCUCUGCGGCCGCCGCCCCGACGCCCCCCGAGAAAAGUCAAACCAGAAACCUCCUCUCCCCUCCCUCCUCUUCGUCUGCUUCCUCUUCUUCUGCUUCCUCUUUCAUCUCUUCUUCUGCGUCGGUAGUCUCGCCUGCAGCCGCUGCGAAGGCAGAUCCGCGCGCAGCUGCGCCUCCAGUUUUUCUCUUCCGGAUGCCCACCCGCGGAGGAGCGGGUGUGGAGUCGGCUGCGUGCGCGGAGCCGAGGGAGAGCGAGGAGUUGAGAAAGCCGCAGAUGACUCACGCCGAGGCUCGACGCGCGAAAGAAGCAGAGGCAGGCGGGCCAGAGGAGGCUGCGGCGUCUCGGGGAGAGGCCGCGACGCAGGGCGGCGACCACGCAGAGGACGAAGGCGCGCCGCGCCUCGCGGCGCACGCGGCGUUUGAGACGAACGAAGAAUCGUCGCUGUUCCCUGCGUCGCCUCCCGCAGACACUCGCCAGGCUGGCAGCACGACGACGGCGUCUCCGCCCGGCGCCUCUCGCGCCGUAGCUACCGCGCCGUCGCCGGCGUCUCUUCAGUUUCCGUCCUUCUCUGCUUCCCCAGCGCCCGCGAGUUCGCCGUCGCCGUCCGCCACUGGGAAAGCGUCGGCGCGGCGGCGGCGCGCCGAGGCGGCGCCGGGGCUGGCUGCCUCUGCGCCCGCGCUUGCGAGUUCGAGGGGGUCACGCCGAGAAGAAGACGUCCCGGAGUGCAGUCGGCUGCACGAGCUGCUGCUGGAGCAGCAGCGCGAGGAAGAAGAGGAGGUGCAGGAGGGAGAGGAGGCGCGCCUUGGGGCGCGAGGGGCGGAUGCCGCCUUCCGCCUGCUGGCUCAGGAGGGGACGGAGGAGCCCGAAGGCCUCUCUUCUUCCUUCUUCUCGCCGCGCGACCCCAAGUUGACGCCGUCGCCUGCCAGACACAGCAGCACGCGCCUCUCCCUCUCGCCGGCUGCGGCGCAUGCGCCGGGCGCGGGUCAGCGCCAGGAGGGGGCGAGGGGCUGCGAAGAGCGAGAGAGCGAACUGCCUUCGCCGCUCGCGAGAGCCGCAGCGUUCAUCUUCAUCCCCCAAGCUGACCACGCCGCGUCCGCGCCCCCGCGCGCCUGCGCCGCAACUGGCUCGCCCCCCGUGUUGUCGCCCUGCGCGAAGAAGGACGGAGAGAAGGAGGAAGGAGAGUGGGAGGGCGGUGAGUGGGGGAGAGGGGCCUGCGUGAAGAAGGGCGAUCUCUCUGCCGCAGCCUCGUCGCCCGCGCCUCGCAUCCUACCCGCGUUUUCAGAUGCAUGCGCCGCUGCCGUGGCGUCGCCGUCGCACACGGCGUCGGGCUCGCCGCCGACGCGCAGCGCAGCUGCGCGCGAGGAGAGACUCAAAAGACCUGAAAAACGCCUCUGGAUGGGAAGAGAAGGCGAGCGCCUCCCGACGACGUCCACGCGCCAGCCGGCGGGUGGGAAAGGCCGCGAGGCGGUCUCCUCUGCUGCGCGGAGCUCGUUUUCUGCAGAAGUUGCAGGAAAAGGCGCGGUGCCUCGCGUGUCUAGCGAGUUCGCCGAAGACGCGCGCGGCGGCCGCCGCGCAGGAGGAGCCGCGGAGAGAGAAGACUCGCACAGGAGGCGCGAGACGAUGCAGGGCGCGGCGGACGCAAGCGAAGACGAGGAGUUCUACGGCCAGUUCUUCUCUCCUCACCAAGAAGAAAUCGUUCGCGAGUUCCUCGCCGAGAAGGAGUGA